CCGCCGGAGAACAAGGAGAGAAUGAGUGCAUACAGGGGAAGGGGAGCUCUCACAUCCUCAGCCAGAAUCAGCACCAAAGCCCCGGACAGCUCCAGCAAGCGCAGCAGCCUCCCCCAGCCUCCCAUCUCCGCUCUUGCGUUGCAUCUUUGGGGCUAGACCCAACUUGGACUGAACUUUUGCCAGCUCCCUCCCCCUAACCCAGCCCUGGGUGAGCCUGCCGUUCGCAUUGCCUUGACAGGGGAAGAGCCAUGCUUGCAAAGUGGAUGUCUUCUCCUCAGCGGAGAUCAGGCUGUGGGGGCUGACCAGGACCUUCUGCCACUGCCUUGACUCCUCAGCCCACUCUUGCCCCCUUGCACAGCCACCUUUGCCCACACUCACUGGCCAGCAGGCGUGCAUGGAUUAGCUGUUGGGAAGAUGCCUGUGAUGAAAGGGCUGCUGGCCCCCCAGAACACUUUUUUGGAUACAAUUGCUACCAGAUUCGACGGAACCCACAGCAACUUCGUGUUGGGUAACGCACAGGUGCUGAACUUGUUCCCCAUAGUCUAUUGCUCGGAUGGGUUCUGUGACCUGACUGGCUUUGCCCGGGCAGAGGUGAUGCAGAAGAGCUGCGCCUGCAAGUUCCUGUACGGCCAGGAGACCAGCGAGCAGCUCAAGGUGCAGAUUCAGAAGGCUCUGGAUGAGAAGAGGGAAUUUAAGACGGAGAUUAUUCUGUACAGAAAGAGCGGUGGAUCAUUCUGGUGUCUCCUAGAUAUUGUUCCAAUAAAGAAUGAGAAGGGGGAAGUGGUCCUUUUCCUGGCUUCUCAUAAAGACAUCUCAUACUCCAAGAAUAAUCUCUCGCCAGGUAACAGCAAAAACACAGAAGAUGAUGAUUUGGAAAUCUACGCAGACACCCGGCCUCCCGGAUUCAAUGCCAACCGCAGGAGAAGCAGAGCGGUCCUGUACCACCUCUCCGGGCACCUGCAGAAACAGGACAAAAGCAAGCUCAAGUUGAAUAACAAUGUGUUCGGGGAGAAGUGCACAAUUCCGGAAUACAAGGUUGCUGCAAUCCAGAAGUCACGCUUCAUCCUCCUGCACUACGGCACUUUUAAGGCUGGCUGGGACUGGCUGAUCCUUCUGGCCACUUUCUAUGUUGCGGUGACCGUCCCUUACAAUGUCUGCUUCGCCAUCAGCCGAGACGACAGCAACUUCCGUAGCCCUCCAAGUGUUAGCGACAUCUUUGUUGAGAUCCUGUUCAUGCUUGAUAUUUUGUUGAAUUUCCGGACAACGUACGUCAGCAAGUCUGGUCAGGUGGUGUACGACCCUCGCUCUGUUUGUGUGCACUAUGCAACCACCUGGUUCUUUGUGGAUCUCAUUGCGGCCCUCCCCUUUGAUCUGCUCUAUGCAUUUAGUGUCAAUGUGUAUUUUGGAGUUCAUCUGUUGAAGACAGUCCGGCUAUUGCGACUUCUUCGUUUGCUCCAGAAGUUGGAUCGUUAUUCUCAGUACAGUGCAGUGGUGCUGACUCUUCUCAUGUCCAUGUUUGCGUUGCUUGCCCACUGGAUGGCCUGUGUUUGGUACUUUAUUGGACAGAAAGAGAUUGAAGUCAACGAGAUCGGGUGGCUGCAUGAAUUUUCCAAGCGUCUGGGAAUGCCAUACACCCAAGCAGAAAAACUUAACGUAUCCGCCAACAGUAGCAUUCAAUCCAACGGUAGCCAUGCUCCGGGCCAGACAUUCGUGGAACUACUCGGCGGACCUUCCAUCCGGAGUUCUUAUAUCACCUCCUUGUAUUUCGCUCUCAGCAGCCUCACCAGCGUAGGGUUUGGAAACGUGUCUGCCAAUACUGACGCCGAAAAGAUAUUUUCCAUUUGCACCAUGCUGAUUGGAGCUCUCAUGCAUGCGGUUGUAUUUGGCAACGUGACCGCCAUCAUUCAGAGGAUGUACUCCCGGCGCUCUCUCUACCAUACCCGUACCAAGGACUUAAAGGACUUUAUACGAGUUCAUCGUAUGCCCAAGCAGCUGAAGCAGAGGAUGUUGGAGUGCUUCCAGACAACAUGGUCCGUCAACAACGGCAUUGAUGCCAAUGAGCUUAUGAGGGAUUUCCCCGAUGAGCUAAGAGCAGAUAUCGCCAUGCACCUCAACAAGGAGAUCCUCCAGCUGCCAAUCUUUGAGUCUGCCAGUCGUGGCUGCCUGCGCUCACUCUCUCUCAGCAUCAAAACGUCCUUCUGCGCCCCGGGCGAGUACCUGAUCCGUCAAGGGGACGCUCUACAAGCCAUAUAUUUUGUCUGCUCGGGUUCCAUGGAGGUGCUGAAAGACAACACCGUUCUCGCCAUAUUGGGGAAGGGAGACUUGAUCGGUUCAGACAAUCUCAACAAAAACCGCGUGAUAAAGACCAACGCCAAUGUGAAAGCCUUAACGUAUUGUGACCUGCAGUACAUCAGCCUGAAGGGACUGCGGGAAGUUCUAGAGCUGUAUCCGGAAUACUCCCACAAAUUUAUCACCGAGAUCCAGCAUGACCUCACCUACAACCUCCGGGAAGGCAGUGAGGCAGAUAUUGAUCUUGAGAGCAACGGGGGUCUCAUUCAGAAGCUCCCGUCCAUUCUGGAAGAUGAUGAGUUUGAAGACGAUGAGAAAUGUCCCUUGCCGGUUACCCCAAGAGGCGUGAGCUCCACAGACUCCUCUUUAAAACUACCUAAAGCAUGCAAUUCUCCAAUGCUGUCUCCCUUGACACCGCGGUCUUUUAAAACCCCCACCAAGAGGGCAGAUAAGAGCUUUGGAGACCUCCUAGGUGGAAGUGAAAAGGGCAAGUUUCCGGCUGGGGAUGUGGGAAGACCCUGCAAGCUUCAGCUUCCAGCCUUCAGCCUCCAUGUCCCACCAGUGCUCAGCCCUAGGUUUGUGGACGGCAUUGAGACAGAGUGCAGCUCACCUACCACUCAGACGUUUGACUUCAGCACCAAACACCUAAGCCAGGAAACCUCACCCAGAUGCUCCAACUCUGCGGAAAAUGCAGAAACAAGGAAGAGUAUCGUGAAUCUCAACCAGGAGAUGAUCAUCCUUUCUCAACAAGUUACACAGCUGAGUAAGGACCUCAAUGAAAUGCUUCAUCUCCUGAGGCCUGUGCUUCUCAGCAAGACCUACAUACCGUCUCCCUCUGUGGGUCUCCUGACGCCUACCCUAAAUAACACUUACAGCAACAGCAGUGGCUUCUGUAGUGGACAACAGUCCCAAAUUACCAUUCCUAGCCUUGUUGGGUCAUCCUGUCCUGGACAGACAAGGGUAGAUGUAGCACAACCUAACACGGCUUGGAUGGAGGCCUUACCCCAGCCUGCUCAGGCUAACCUGACAGAGAAUCCAUGCAGAAUCAAUGUUCACCCUGCCCUUUCUCUGGACUCAAUUCUCAGACAUUCCUGCCCCCACCACAGGCAGCAUAAGAACUGUGGCUCUCUGACUGUGAACCAAGCCCUAUCCCCAUGUCAAAGCCAUUAUCCUCAAACACAAAUGAACCACAUGAGCCAGGUAACCCACAGCAAUUCAUCACCAGUGAUGACUACUUACCCUCCAUCCAAAAAGCCGAGCGAAGCUCAAAAGUCCAGCCCUAGUUUCACAUCCAGCAGAUCAUUCUGUAGCCCUCAAGACACGGACCCAAUAAAAGACAGAGUGGUUGAUCUCUUGGGGUUGAUGUCUAGAGACUACAGAGAAACAACACCUCCUGCCGCUCUAGAACUUGUCCGUACAUCAUCUGGAGACUCGCAAGGAGAUAUCAUCAGGUUUAUAGAUGACGAAGGUACUAAUGUGUAGUAGACAAAGGAUGGUGAUGCCAAAGCACUGACCAAUGGGGAUGUUUACCAAAGUGGAGCUCUCCGCGGCUGGACCAAGCUACUGUAGGAUAACGUUAUCCCGAUGACGAGAGAAUGUCUGAAUACUGCCAGAUUUCAUUUCCAUUGUCACAACGCUGCUAAUCAGGCAAUGGGAGUCACAACAAUCAAUGUCCAUUUCUUUUUCCUUGCAAAAAUGCAUUUUAUAUAUAAAAAGAAAAAAAAUAAUAAACAACAUUAUCUAGCAUGGGUUUAUUGGCCAGAUAUGAAUUCUAACAUUCCAGUAUACAAGGACAUGUCUAUUGAAAUUGUUUGAAUGAUUCAAGUUAUAUUUAGCGACGAUACAGAAUUCUUAUUUCAGCAGUUUAUUCUUAUUUUUCAGGCCAGAUCCAGUAGACAAAUGGGUACAGGGAACAAGAGGCGUUGCUGUGUGUGUGCAAAAAGAUUCUAAGCACAUGGUAAAAAAAAGAAAAAAAAAAUCCUUAUAGCUUUCUACUAACACCUAUUAGGAAAACGGAACACAAGUUUAAGCCAAAUCUUAAAAAAAAAAAAAAAAAAAAAAAAGUGGGGAGUUUCUGGCUGGUUUUAAACUUUUUUUUUUUUUUUAAUUUUUACUUUUUUUUUUUUUGAGUAAAAAAAAUUAUAAAAAAGGACCUUAUUUUUCUAUAUUUGCUACUGAAGGUUUAUACUGAACUUUUUUGUUUUUCUUUGUCGUUCCACAAGGAGAGAUUUGUUUAACCCUUUCAUUUCCAGAUGGAACGUCUUAAGCACAUUGUCUUACCGUGUUGGCUAUAAUACCCUUUGGCACGGAAAACAUGAAACACAACACAGAAUGGGAUCAAAUUUUAAACAAAGUGCAUGCUGUGCGACGCAUGGGGCCUUUUCGGGGAUAAGGUGUAUCUGAGCAUCUGGAAGAAACUAUUUAUUUUUGCCUUUAAUAAAGAUAAUGUGUUUGAAAAGAAAA